UUGAUCUAUUGAUAAUAUGGCUAGAUUUAGACAUUGUGACUUUGAACUUUAAUAUAUGAGGCCCUACCCUUCCGUUAAGUAAUAAGUUUAAAAGCGUGAGACUAAAUUGUAGUUUGAAUAGAAUAUAUUGCGAGUUAUGUAUAAAUUAUUUUAUUUUUUGUAAAUAAAUAAAAUUAUAUUCAAUUUCAUGUUGCCCUAAUGUAGGUCUAAUAUGCUGUGAUUUAGUAUUAUUACAAAUUAAUCAUAAAAAUAAGAAGAUAAGCAGCUUACUGGUAAAUGAUGAACUCACUUUUGUUAUCAGAAGUUGGAUAACUUCAAUUGAUUAAUCAUAUCGUUAAAACGAUCUGGACAAAGCUCAACAUUUCACUGGUAAGUACUGAACAAACUGAACAAUCAUUAUCGAAUUCGUGAAAAAUGGCGAUAGAAUCGGAUUCAACCGUGACUUCUAAUCAUAACCAAACUGCAUGCAAUGUCGAAACAACAUGUGAUAUGAAGUCUACGUAUAACCAAAAGUUACCAGAGCGAUUUGAGAAUAAUAAUUGUGUAUGUUGUUUACAAAAAAGUGCCGAACACAUCAGAAACAGCUACGAAUCGAUUACUCCAAGAUCGGAAAGGAAAGAGAAACUUACUUCUUCUUGGAAACGAGCAUCAUCAGUCCAUCGCUGUCCUCUUUAUCACAGUGAAAGAAUAGAUAGGCGCCGGAUAAGUGAAGAAGAAGAUGACGAUGAUGAUGAAGAAAAGUCGGAAAAACAUGAAAAAGGAAAGAAAUCGUCUACCAAAUUUACUGGUUUACAGAAAUUAAUUAUACUUUGUCUAUGUCUGGUGAAUUUUACUUCGUUUCUUAGUAUGUCGAUCAUCGCUCCGUUUUUUCCAAAGGAAGCAGAAAUGAAGGGAAUGAGAGAAUCUGUAUCCGGUAUAAUUUUUAGUGUUUAUGCUCUUGUUUUAAUGGUCAUGUCACCUAUUUUUGGUAAAUUAGUAAGUAAAAUAAUUUUUCUCUUAUCUAAUGAGCUAACUUACCUACACCUUUAUUUAUUAUUCAAUUAUUACUUAAAGUUUUUAGACAAGCUCACUGAUCUGACACUUUUUACAGUAUUUUGUUUCAUAGUCCGCAUCUUUGAAGCAGUAGGUGCUGCUGCCUUUACAACUGCUUCAUGUACUUACGUUUUUAGUAUGUUUCCUGAUGAUAUUGGUACUGUUUUUGGAAUUAUAGAAACAUCCAUUGGAAUUGGAAUGAGUCUUGGUCCCGCUAUUGGUGGCAGUUUGUAUGCUCUCGGAGGUUACGGACUUCCUUUUUUCAUCUUAGGUUCAGUAGUAGUUAUAAAUAUACCAAUAUCGUGGUUAUUACUAAGAAAUAUAUCAUCAAUGCCGAAUGAUGAGACAUCCACGACUACAUAUUUACAACUUCUUUCGAUACCUAAAGUGUGGAUUGUAUGCGUAAUUUUGAUGGUAGCAGCUCAAACGCAAGGUUUUCUAGAUCCAACAUUAGAACCUCACAUGCGUCAGGACUUUGAGGAUCGUAACUCUUUCGACAUGUGGUCUGCCUGCUAUGCCAUUACUUGGUUUCUAGAUGCUCCUCCCGUUUCCCCACCCACUGCAGAGGGACUUAACGAUAUUUGUGAAAUGAUCAGUAUCAAUGAAUGCUUGGCUGCAGUAACAGCACUAGGAAUUUCUUUUGCAUUUGCCUUUAUUCCGUCAUUUGAAUGCAUAUUAUUAGCUGCCAUUGAAAAAGGACUUGGUGAUAAUCUUGUUACUUACAGUAAAGUAUCUGGAUUGUGGAACAGUGUGUAUUCAUUAGGUGAGGUCAUUGGUCCAGCAUUAGGUGGAAUUUUAAUGGACUUUUUUGGAUUUUCACAGUCAGCUGUAAUACUGUCAGCAUGUUGUGCUAUUGCUAUUUUAGCUACAUUUCCUCUAUUAUGUUUGAAGACUCCUAAUCAUCAUAAAGAAGUAAAUGAAAAAACACCAUUAUUACGAGAUAAUUAUAGCAUAUAAUUAUUUUGAAAGUAAAAUUUGUGUAUUAUUUUUUAUAUGUAGAUUUUUGUACAGAUAAUGAUUAAAUUUGUGCUUUAUUUUACUAAUAUAACAAUGUUCAGACAUCAUCUUAAUAUAUUACACAGUACAAAAUUUUAUUAAACAGAGACG